AUGCUGCUAAAACCGUCUAUAUACUAUGGUUUGAUAUCACUAUUUGCUCAAUUGGCUUUGGCAGAAGAACAUGAAGAAGAAGAACAUGGAAUGGAUCCCAAGUCAGUGGAAUUCUGGGGCCAAAUCAUAGCUAUUUUCUUUCUAGUAGCUCUCAGUGGCAUUGUUGCAGGCCUUACGCUUGGCUUGAUGUCAUUGGAUACAACAAACCUAUCAAUUCUGGAAAUUGCAGGUACACCUCAGCAGCAAUAUUAUGCUUCUCGUAUCAUUCCUAUACGCAAAAAUGGACACAUUCUACUAGCAACCUUAUUAUUGACUAAUACCGUGCUGAAUGAGACAUUGCCCAUUUUGUUUGACGAUAUCUUUAGUAAAGGCUUCAUCUCUGUGAUUGUGUCCACCGCAUUGUUGGUUCUAUUUGCAGAGAUCAUACCGCAAGCUAUCUUUUCAAAGCAUGGUUUAGCCAUUGGCGCAAUGUUUGCAUUUCCCGUGAGGGUACUCAUUGCUCUUUGGUUUGUCAUUUCAUGGCCCAUCUCCAAGUUUUUGGACCAUCUUCUAGGAACACACACAGGGUUUACAUAUGGUAUUGCUGAAUUUGGAGCAUUGGUCAAACUCCAUGACAAGUCUAUCUAUGAUAAUGGUACCCUCAAACAUGAAACUGUCAAUAUGCUUCAAAAUGUACUGGACAUGCAAGAGAAACACAUUAGUCAAAUAGUGACGCCUACAAGCAACACGCUGAUGCUACAUAGCAGCACUAGUUUGAAUUCAUCUACUGUUUUGCAGUACUUGAGCAGCGGAUACUCUCACAUACUCGUGUAUAGCAAUGAUGAGAAAGAGCAAUUGGACACUAUUCAGGAUGACUACGAGAUCCUUGGCGUUCUAGAUCUUAGGUCAUUGCUUGAUUUAGAGCAAACCGUGUUUGAUGUGCCUAUUGGUAGCAUGAAGUUUCAGCCUUAUCUGACAGCCUCAUCGAGAACGCCCAUCAUUGAGGCAAUGAACAAGUUGCUUCAGGCCGAAAAUGAAACGGUUGUAUUGGUUUAUCAUACAGAGCAGGAUAUCGAGAUUGCCAAGCAAGAACAAGACGAGAACUUACGUGCUCUUGCAUCAAUUCAAGCGGGUGCAAUUAAAAAGCAUGCAAAGAGUAUCCGGUGUGCCAUUAGACGGUUAUUUGGAAGCACAUGCCCAGUAUGUCAGAAUCUCUCUAAUGCAUCGAUACCAGCCAUGGCCAUCGCUGUCAGUGGCAGUCAGAAGUUGGAGGAAGGCACCAUGCUGGAAAAUACUAAUAAUAGCACUACACCAACCAUGAUUGACACUGCAUUGGAAUCUGGUCUGUUGGGCAUCGUUACCACUGUCGAUAUUUUAAAUCAGUUGUCGUUUACUAGACAGCAUUUGAAUAUCCAACAUCAAGAUAGUGGCCACUUGAAUGCUCGCCAAAACGCUGCAAAGAUCGUAUAA